UCACGCCACCAGUUGCUUCUUCAUGCGACAUCCCUCCACACCCAGCGACAGCUGCUCUAUCCUACAACACACGCAGGGAGGAGGGAGACCCUUGGUGACGCGCCCGUUUGUCGUUCGGUGUCCUCACCUAUGCUGAGCCAUUCAUCUGAGAGAUGGUCACUUGCGGCGCUCAACUACCAGCGUGUUCACGCGAGUGAGGCUGACCUUGUACGGCCCACCGCUGAAGUUGAGGGCGGCCUGCUCAGCCAGGAAACGCCGCUUGAAGUCGGCCGCUACCUCCUCGUCCCACAAGAACACUUCGGUCCUCUUGUGACCCUGUCCAUCCAACCAACCGGACAGUGGGCACACACACAUCGCCCCGCAGCUGUCUGUGUGUGGUGUGGUGCGAGGCGCACCUUGAGCUCGUUGCUGAAUGAGGCCACCGUGCCCAUCACGUGCCGGUAGAAGGUCUCCAACUCGUCAUCCUCUACACCGCCUAUAAUGAAGCAACACAGACACCACACACACAAGACGCCGUGCCUGCUGGUUCUCUAAUGGACUCCCACCCCCUCACCGAACACGUAGAUCGUCAACUCCUCGAUCGGCGGCAGCUUGUCGUUGGUGCGCCGCCCUCACAGGCAGGGGCUCUGGUCGUCGUCAGCGAAUGCGUUUGCCGGCAGACACAGAUCCACCGCCAGGCAUCUCUCUCUCCCCUCCCUGAUCAGCACCGUCUGCAGCCGCUCGAGGAACGUCCACACCUCACCAGUGGGGGCGUCUAGCACCGCCUCGAUCUCGGCGUCUCCUGCCUCGAUCCACCACAAGCUGGGCAUGUGGGAGGCGAUCUCGAUUGCGCGCUCCUGCUUGGCCUCGUUGGCGAGGGCAUCCCUUGUCAGGCGCAGUUUGAUGGCGGUGGGGAAUGUGUCGUUGGUGAUGGCCACACGAUGCGCCUCGUCGCCUCCGUACACCACGAUGUCGGCUGUCUUGGCGAAAUCGUGGACGAUCCUCUGGAGGGUGGGGGUACUGCUGCUGGUGCGCGAGAGGGUCUCGGCGGCGAUCUCUCGAUCGCCACUUCCCCCCUGACGCACAAUGGGCUGCGACAACGCCUCACGAUGUGAGACGGCGGCACUGCAGAGAAGCACAAAAGACGAGCACAUCAGUGUGCGUCACCUGUACUUGACCCCUUCAUCCCUUUCAUGUGUUCACUUACACGAGUUGUGCGGCCUUCUGCAGCAGUAUCUCCCAAUCGUCUGUAUCCCCCAGCAGAUACUCGCCUAGGUAUAUCUCGAGCUCGCGAAUGGACCGCCGGGCGCCCCUCGCCACCAUCACCUCACGCAGCCGGUCGAUGCCGGCGGGGCUGCUCCUCAGCGGGAGGCAUCGCAGUGUGCGAAGCGCUGCGAGCGACUGCCCGUCGGCGGGCAGCGCACUCAGCACACUGGCCGCACCGUCGGGCUGCGAGAUUGCUUCGAGGUCCAGCACUUCAACAAUGGCCCCGCAGUCCGCCAGCCAUGCCCUCCCGCCCUGCACCUCUGACGCAGCACCGAAACGGCCGCGGGUGACGAGCGUCUUGAUGGCGGGCGUCCGCCACUGGCGGCCUACGCGAGCAGCCAUGCACUCGCCCGGGAUGUUGUCUACCGUCGUGAGUGCGGGCAGGUGGAUGAGGCCGUCGGGGGCGGGGGGCAGAUCAGAUGAGGGGGGAGGGCGGGGGAUGUCAAUGCUGGCACCGAGCUCGACGGCCUCGAAUGACAGCACCUCCAAUGUGCCCUCAUGCGCCGGCUGCCCGUCGCCAUCAUCACCAGCUGUCCCCUCCCUCUGUCGUACCUUCUUCUCCCAAAUGGCCGCCCUGCCGAUGGCGUGACCCUCCACCACGGCCACCCACGUCCCGCGACACCAGCCCUCUCGCCACUUGGGGUAGCGGUGCUUGAUCUCUCGCACGUUGGUCGCCCUCUUGCCCCAUCUGUGUGCCACGGCCAGCGGCAUGGCCGCCCACAUGCGCCGCGCCGUGUUGUCCUCACAGUCGAUGACCAGUUUGGUGUAGUUGGCCACCGACUGAUGGAAGAGGGGCGUGCCAAGGGGCCGGCGGUGGCGCGCCAGCUCCCAUGGCUGCAGGUGGCCGAACAUUUUGGAGAGCUCAUCGCGGGACAGACGGAGGCGAGCCUAAGGCCGAUACAUAUGCCACACGUGUGACUGGUGGAAAGGGGAUGCUCGUGUGUGUCAUCACUCACCGGUCUAUCAGUGAUGGGCGGGCGGCCACUCUGGUAGAUCAAACGAUAAGACUUCUCAGCAAUAGCAGCCUGAACCACACAAUGGAAGCAAACACGUCGCACAGACCACGUGCAGGAAUCCUCUCUGCAGCAUGGAGGUCUCUGUGCUCAUGAAGGUGUACCUGUGGCUGCUCGUCUACGGUGUCUACUGGUGCCUCCUCGGCUGGCGGCUCAGCUGUCGUCGGCAUGAGGCUCUCCGCUGCAGUGGCUAGCAGAGGCUCCAAUGUCGACAGCUGGGUGGCGGCAGCAUUGAACUGGGCUGUCAGGAGGGACAGCUGGACACGCAACUCGCGAGUUGACGCCUGCAUGGACAACCAGAGAGCAGCACAGAACAUUCAUCAGAAGAGAGAGAACGUGAGCCGAAGGUGAUGCUUGAUACCACUGUGCUAUGAUUCGCAAACUCCGUCCGCUGCUUGAUCUGCGUGAGGUGUUCAUCAACCUGAGAGAGAGGAAGCAGUGGCAGCGGUGAGCGAGUGAGACCAUGUGUGGCUGCUGUGUUUGGCCGAAAUCCUUUGUCUGAAGUUGCAUGAGCUGUUGCAGGCUCUCCCUCGCCGACUGAGCGUCCUCCCGAAGCUGCCGCUGCUGCAUCAAACACCCGAGCAACACGCAAAGCAGCCGAAAGGUGAAAGGCGCUGCGUGUGUUUUGACGCCUGCUUUCAUCUUCCUCACCUCGUCUGCAUCCAU